AUGACUUGCCACCCGAACACCAUUUCCCCUGCAUGGGCAACACCAGAGAUCCUAGGUUUGCUCAGCCUCCAGGUGUUGAAUGAAGAAACAAGCGGUUGCAAGGAAGGAGGUAAGUCGUGCAUUUGCACCUUUUCCUGCCCCGAGGACAGUGAGUUCCUUCUGGCAGCCAGAGCCCUUGGGCCACCCUGCUCCUUCGUGCUGCUCACGGGUGCCAAGGAGACCCAGCACACUGAGGUCCAAGUUAGAAAGAUCCUCCUGGCAUCCUUGUGGCUGAGGGCUUCAAGGUGGAGGAGGACAGCUGAUGAAGCGGGCGCCGUGGGGCCGAGCAGAGGGAGGGGGAACCAGCAGCGGAGACCCAAAUGUCCCUUGGAGGAGCAGACAGGUGAAGACAUGGUGUGGAGUUCGGGAAGGGCAGGGAUUUCCAAUCGGGAAGGGCAUGCCUUCAGCCGGCUUCGUUCCCUCCGGGUCCUCCCAGAGAAGCUCUCCCUGACCACCACCGCCCCCAAGAAGCCGCCAGCCAAGCGGACCAGAUGGAACAUUCUAAAAUGUGCCUACAUGAUGGUCACCUUCUUGUUCGUGUCCUACAACAAAGGAGACUGGUGUUACUGUCACUACUGCAACACAGAAGAGGACAUCAGGACCGACCCCUGCUGCUCUUUCUAGCAACACUGCUCGGCCCUGGUCAGUCGUUCAUCUGCCCUGUAGUCUCGCCUCCAGAGAAGCCUGUCGGCCCCAGAAGGCCAGUUUGGAGGGUGAAGAACUGGGGUCCUCUGAGGGUGACACCUGUCUGCCCAGAGGCACUGCGAGAAAGUGUCCCUGAGGGUCCCGACAGGCCCAGGGUGACUGAGCACCAGGGGUCUCCCCACGACUGCUCUCCCUGGCCUUGCUCAACUUCCCCCACUGUUUCUCUGAUUAAACCUACACUAGCUGAAGCAGCUGAAGGCUCAGUUCUUCCAUUCACGGGGGGCCAAGGGUGCCCAGAAUCAUAUAUGUCAGUUCUGGCAACAACCUUCAAGGAGCUUCCACUAGGCUGCCUGCUUCUGAGGUGAAGAAAAUAUAGCCCAGAGGGAUGAUGACUAGUCCAAGGUCAAGGUGCUACGGUUUGACCAGGACACCUGGCUAGGACCCUUCAAGACUGUCAAGGUCACGCCAAAGUGAAAGUCUGAGAAAAGGGCUGCGGAUCAGAGGAAGCUGGGGAGACCUAAGAACUCCACGCCACGGGGCUCCGGAAUAGAAAAGGACCCCGGGGGGCAGACUGGGACCAUGGGAAUGGGCUGGAGCUCAGUUUAUGGCAUUGCUCAGAUGCGAGAGGCUUGUGUGCACAAACGUGCUGCAGUCCUGAGAGGUUAACACAGGGGAAGCUGGGGGACAGGACCAUGUGGGCACCUUCUACCUGCAACCUCUCUCUAAAAGUAAAAUUAUUGCCGAAUAAAAUUUCCAAUGAAAAU